AGGAUAGAAAGAGUAAUGAUGUCGUUACGUACAGGGCGAGAACGUUCGCCCUGUUUGAGGCACUACGGAGGGGGACUGACGAUGAACCUUGAGAAAAACAAUAAAACUGGAUAAGAUACCAGGAAACUGUACGUGGAUGUCAAAUGUGUGAGCAAAUUUUCUUGAGAUUUUCUUGAUUAACUUUUUUAAAACGUUUAAAAAUUGAGGAUUAUCAACUCCAGACGCACACACUCAGGAGCGGUAAACGGGAAUUCCGGAUAUUUGCUCGGGGAUGUCCUUUCCGGUAGUCGGAGAAAAGUUUGUUGAUUUCACGGUGGAGAUAUUCCUGGAAGAUUUUCUUUCCCAGAUUUGAUGCUGCAGUAGCUGUGUUCCUGUGCCACCACCCUGACCAUGACAGCGGGACUGUUUGAGAGAACUAUGACUCUAAUCCUGCCCUGUCAGUUCGGCUGCCCUGUGAGGGUCAGGAACCAGUGAGAGAGAGACUGCGAGGAUCUUCAGCGCGUCACUAGAAAGCUUCGUCUGGGGUACAGCUAAUUGAAGCCACAAAUCAAGACACUCCUGCCAGGAUGACUAAAACAGUCCUCGUCUUCAUCACGUGCCUGGGGGUCUGCGUUCUGUCUGCUCUUCCUGCAAUAGUCGGGCAGAACCCAGACUACGUGCUCCAAGGCACAGGGGUGAAGCCGGAGCCCAAGAGGCCCCCAGGCCCGGACGGCUCCACGCUGGCCCCUGAGGACGCCGACCGCUUCCUGAGCUGCUACUGCUCCGGCCACUGCCCCGAGGACGCAGUCAACAACACCUGCAUGACCAAUGGGAAGUGCUUUGCCAUCGUUGAAGAGGACGAGUUUGGAGACAUGCUCCUCACCUCGGGGUGCAUGAGAUAUGAGGGCUACCAUUUCCAGUGCAAGGAUUCCCCAAAUGCACAGACGAGAAGGACGAUUGAAUGUUGCCAGUCUGAUUUUUGCAACAAAGACCUGCAGCCCACACUACCACCUCCAGUCAUCCAAGACCCUCUGUUUGGCAGUGCCCACUGGCUAGCCUUCCUCGUCUCCGUGACCGUCUGCUGCUUCACCCUCAUAACCAUCACAGUCAUCUGCUACUUCAGAUAUAAAGUGCAGAUGGAGCGGAGGCGAUACGAGCGGGACCUGGAGCAGGACGAAGCCUUCAUGGCCAUGGGAGAUUCUCUCAAAGAGCUCAUGUACCACUCCAGCACAGGCAGUGGCUCUGGGCUCCCCCUGCUGGUCCAGCGCACCAUCGCUAAGCAGAUCCAGAUGGUGCGUCAGAUCGGGAAGGGGCGCUACGGCGAGGUGUGGCUCGGCCGCUGGCGGGGGGAGAAGGUGGCCGUCAAAGUCUUCUUCACCCGCGAGGAGGCCAGCUGGUUCCGAGAGACGGAGAUCUACCAGACGGUUCUCAUGAGGCACGAGAACAUCCUGGGCUUCAUUGCAGCAGACAUAAAGGGCACAGGAUCCUUUACGCAGCUCUUCCUCAUCACAGACUACCAUGAGAAUGGCUCCCUGUAUGACUAUCUGAGGGCCUCCACGCUGGACCCCCAGGCCCUGCUGCGGCUGGCCUACUCUGCCGCGUGCGGUCUGUGCCACUUGCACACGGAGAUCUAUGGUACCCAGGGCAAGCCCGCCAUUGCACACAGAGACCUGAAGAGCAAGAACAUCCUUGUGAAGAAAAAUGGCACUUGUUGCAUUGCAGACUUAGGACUGGCAGUUAAAUUCAAUAGUGACACCAAUGAGGUGGACCUGCCCCUGAGUACCCGUGUGGGGACACGCAGGUAUAUGGCCCCUGAGGUCCUGGACCAGACCCUCAACAAGAACAGCUUCCAGGCCUUCCUCAUGGCGGACAUCUACAGCUACGGCCUUAUUGUUUGGGAGAUAGCCCGUCGAUGUGUGACAGGAGGUAUAGUGGAGGAAUAUCAGCUGCCAUAUUGGGACAUGGUGCCUUCAGACCCUUCCUUUGAGGACAUGCGGGAGGUGGUGUGUGUGAAGGGCUUACGGCCAGCGGUCACCAACCGCUGGAAUGGCAGCGAGUGUCUGCGUGCUCUCCUCAAGCUCAUGUCAGAGUGCUGGGCGCAUAACCCCGCCUCCCGCCUCACAGCCUUACGCAUCAAGAAGACUCUGGCCAAGAUGGUGGAAUCUCAAGACAUCAAAAUAUGACCGCUGUCCUCCGUGCGAUACGACCGCAACUCGACACAUCCACAAGACAGACACCACAGCCCACCCAGCAGCCUUACAUGAACACAGAGAAUCCAGAGCGCGGGGGCUCGUGGGUUGGUACGCACAGGAGCACAGCACUGAGCAGUACCGGAGUGACCUGCCUCACGGUGCAGAUACACACUGACCCGGGUGCCGCCUUUUGCUGGAUGUUUGGGAGCUCCUUGUGGAUGAAGGACGUGGGGGCCACCAGAAAGACUAGCUCUGUGGUCCAAGGCAAGGUGACCUUAUUGGGAAUAAUGCUCUUUUGCCAACAGCCCCCCCUCCCCCCCUCCCUCUUUUUCUUCGGUCCCGGCCUCUCUUCAGUUUGGGAGAACAUGGCCCGGCAGUCAGCCAGUGCUUUCCGUGAAAGCCAUCGAUGUAUAAGGCAUGUCCGUGUGAGGGGGAACCACGGGCAUAGAACUACAUGAUGAAUACAGACUCGGGCGAGGAAUGCAUUUUGAGGGGAAAGAGUAAAUCCUCUCUUCUCUCUAUGUGGAGGACUAGUAUCACUCAGAUACACUUCUGAACAGUUCUUUGUCACUAUAUAAGCAGUUUUUUUUGCUGAAAACAAAUACUAUAUUGACACUUCCACAGCUAUUUAAGAAUUAAUCCUGUAAAGAAUUAAAUUGUCUGUUGUUAUGUGUUGUUUUGUUCAAUAUUUCCAUAUUAUUUACAGAUGCAGUGUGUGUGUGUGUGUGUGUGUGUGUGUGUGUGUGUGUGUGUGUGUGUGUG